GCGCUCGCCGUCCGCGCAGAGCGGGACUUGGUGACGCAGAGCCUUUUCCGUCGCGAAUUCGAUGGCAUCAUCUACGGGAAGGUUGGCCCCAACCAGGCCUGCGAUCCUCUGCCUUUCUUCAACGAGGUGCAGGCCGCCGGCUACCCUUCCGAGCGUGUGGCCCUCAUCUACGGUGGGGACUUCGGGUUGGAGACACAGUUGGUCGCCCAGCAUGCUCGCAUCUUCUCCGGUCAUGGCAUCAUCUUUUUCCGCGAGAUGAUUGCCCCACUGGACGACUUCCACUGGGUCCCUGCGAGGGUCUACCCCAGAGCUUGCUACGCUGAUCCAGCGUGGAAGCAGUUCUUCCACCUUUGGUAUCAGCGCUUGGAGUGCUGGGGGUGCCCCGAGAUUGACGUGCCAGUGCGACAGGAGCUAUGGGCCACCUGCCUACAUGGACUGUCGUGUAUCGAAGAAUGCAAAAUGGUAACCCGCAAAUCUCUCAUGCCUCCUUGUUGGAGUGGCUUGGUACUUCUGGCAGUGCCACUGCUAGCAGAUGGGGGAAUGCCAGCAAGGUUGCCAGGUUGCAGAUAA